CAACUGCAACCAAUAGUGUAGUACGUUUAGCAUCUGAAUAGCCAUGAAUCUAGAGCUAUCGCUCCUCCAUCAAUAUGCAUCUCCACAGGCUCUAGUGCUCGCCGUUGUCCUCCUCCUGGUCGCCGUGCACCUGGCCAGGUCGACAUCACGAGCGGAGAGGCUGCGCAGCAAGCUCCCUUGCCCGCGGUUCAGGCUGCCCAUCAUCGGGCACCUCCACCUCAUCGGAUCACUCCCCCACGUCGGCCUCCGCGACCUUGCGAGGAAGCACGGCCCCGACGUGAUGCUCCUCCGCCUCGGCGCCGUGCCCACACUGAUCGUGUCGUCCCCUAGCGCCGCCAAGGCCGUCCUGCGCACCCACGAUCACGUAUUCGCGUCCCGGCCGGACACCGUGGUAGGCGACAUCCUAUUCGUCGGCUCCACCAACGUCGGCCACUCCCCGUACGGCGAGUACUGGCGGCAGGUCAGGAAGAUCAUCACCACCCACGUCCUCACCGCCAAGAAGAUCCGCGCCAACCUCCCCUACCGUGAGCAGGAGGCGCGGCUUGCCCUGGCCAGUGUAAGGGAGGCGGCGGCGGCGGGCACGGCGGUGGAUCUCACCCACCUCUUCAGCCACUUCGCGCACGAUAUGGUGUCCCAGGCGGUGGCGGGUAGGAUCCCUAGGGAGGAUCGUUGGGGCAAGCUGUUCCACGACCUGUUUGUGGGAAACGGGCAGCUCCUUGGUGGAUUUAACCUGGAUGACUGUUUCCCGAGUUUGGCAAGGCUGGGCAUCGGGUCCGCCAACAUCGCCAAGCAGAGGAAAAGAUGGGACGAUCUGCUGGACGAGGUCAUCGACAGGCACACAAGCACACCCAUGGAGAAAGGUGACGAGCCGGACUUCAUCGACGUGAUGCUAUCCGUCCAAGAUGAGUACAAGCUAACCAGAAACAACAUCAAGUCAAUACUCAUGGACAUGUUUCAAGCCGGGACGGACACAACAUUCAUUUGGCUUGACUAUGCCAUGGCCGAGCUGGCCCGGGCACCUCAAGUAAUGGCCAAGCUGCAAGCCGAGGUGAGAAGGUGCGGUACAACCAACCAACUGCUCACACAGGAAGACCUGAGCGGCAUGAGCUACCUCAAGGCCGUGAUGAAGGAGACGAUGCGGCUGCACCCACCAGGGCCUCUCCUGCUGCCCCACGCAUCCAUCGCCGACUGCGAAGUAGAGGGCUAUGUCGUCCCCGCCGGGACGCGGGUAAUCAUCAACGUGUGGGCUAUAGGCAGGCACGCCAGCAGCUGGGAGAGAGCGGAGGAGUUCGUGCCUGAGCGUUUCUUGGAAGGAUCCGUGGAUGCCAAUUCAGACUUCUACGGCAACGACUUCCGUUUGCUGCCGUUCGGGUCAGGACGAAGGAUGUGCCCAGGUAUAAACUUCGCCACGCUCACUUUCGAGAUCAUCCUGGCCAACCUCAUAUACCACUUCGACUGGGAGCUGCCGGAAGGGUCGCCAGGCGUAGAUAUGACGGAGGCGUUCGGGAUGGAUGUGCACCGGAAGGAGAACCUCCUCCUUGUCCCACGCGUCGCUAAAAUCGUCUAGAUAUAUUCUAUUGCUGCCGUAUUUUGAAACUUUGUAUUGCUGCAACCAUUUCCCAAUUCUUUUACCAUGAAACUAUUAAAUCCAGCGCUAAGUGUGGCCGAUGGAAAUAACCAAACCAUGUCCGUUUCCUAUUUGAGAACGGUUGGUUCUUUCCUCUUCAAAGUCUAGUCGUGCGUGUCUAGGCUUAGUAAUUUUUGAGUCGGUUUGUUACCAGUCCAGCAGCUGUUCUGCUGCUAUGGAUAAGAGUCUUCUCUAUAAAUAAAGGGCGUGGCUAGCUCUAAAUCUC